AGAGAAAAUAACCUGUGAAAAGCUUUGUGAUUUUGUAAAAUAAACAAACUGAUAAAAAUUGCAAACAUACAAAAUACCUCUAUAGUAGAAGAAACCACAAAUCGUUUAUAAAUAAGUUUAAGAAGAAUUAAGUUUAGGUGAAUUAUGUAUUACACCUGCGAUUAGUCACUCAGGGUCGUAUAAUAUGCUGAUUAAUGAAGAUAUAACUGACAGUUUUUUGAACAACAAACACGCAGAAUGAUCAAAUUUUGUCUCAUAUUGCUUCUAAGUGCAGUUUUAAGCGCCGAUGAUAGGUUUAAAGGCUGUUACAAAACAGUUUUUUCAACACAAACCUACAACAUAUCCUGGACAACAACCGAGCAAUGUAUAGAAGAAUGCAGGAUAAAAUACUACAGGUACUCCAUGAUCCAAAGUACGAAAUUAUGUUAUUGUGGCAAUUAUUUGGGAGAAGAAGUCAACAAUACGGUGUUUUGCAACCAAAUAUGUGACAGUUUUUGUGAUAAUGUAACCGAUGUCUAUGCAACAGGAAACUUAGCACCAGGGCCCCCAGAAGACGUCAAGUUAACAAACGUGACAGACACAAGUGCCCACAUUUCUUGGAAGCCCCCAAAAUCUUACACUAAAAUAAAUGGUUACUCAAUCAAAGCUACAGUUAUCCGCACUUAUGCAAACUACAUACCAAAUAGCCCAGAAUGGACAUAUUUGAACGACACGUUUAGCACAAAAAUUAUUCUUUUACCAGCCACCAAGUAUAACAUAACUUUAUGUGCGCAAUCACCUGAGGGAAGUGGGGCUUUAUUUUCGCAAAUAAUUGAGACUGAACUUAAAGAACCAGAAAAUCCACCCGAAAGUCCUAAAAUUAUCAAACGAGAUGGAGAAAAAAUGGAAAUAGAAUUAUCACCCACGUCAAAUAGUAACGGACCUAUAACAUCUUAUCUAGUCAUUGUGUUUAAUGAAGACAGCCAACAAAUAUUCCAAGAAGACAUAUUAAAAAGCUAUGAUGAAGCUAGAAGAGAAGGGUUAAACUACUACAUCACAGCACAGUUAAAACCAGAGAACAUCCAAAAGAAAUUUAUUGUGGGGGAUAAAAACAAUUAUGGGGGAUAUUAUAACGCCCCUUUACAGAAAGAUAUCACCUACAGUAUUAUAGCAGGACUUGUUAGUACUCUAAAUGGCAAAACUAAAAGAGCUUUCAGUAGCUUAAAACACUCUAUUAAAGCCCGUGAAGAAGUUAUUGAAGUCAGUGGUGACUCCCCUGCUGUUAUUAUUGGAUUAUCUGUAGCUAUAGGUUUAUUGAGUUUUAUGUUUAUUGCUGGUAUCAUCGGGUUUAUUAUAUUGAAAAGUCGAGUCACCAAUAGAAGGCACCGGUUAUCUGAAAAUCAGGAAUUAACCCUUCAAGGGCCAAUGAUCGAAGUUGAAAAUAACGGUUACAUACCUGAAGAAGAGCACACGAAAGUGAGCUACUACAGAGAUUUGAAACAAAAAGUUAGAACAAUUCCCUACAAUCAACUAAAAGUCGAACCUAGUAAUUUACUAGGAAUAGGACGUUUUGGGAGAGUUAACAGUGGGUCCAUUUAUGAAAACAGCACUUUAAUACCUGUGGCGGUGUAUAGUGUUCAAGACAAGAAGUUGUCUGUCGAUGAUAAAAAGAAUAUGCUUCGUGACUUGGACGUUUUAAUUAAAACGAGAAAACAUGACAAUAUUAUUGCAUUAGUGGGCACUUGUGAGACAUCUCAGAUGGUGUUUGUUGUCCUAGAAUAUGUCUCAAUGAAUCUCAAGGAUUUACUAUUGGGUAGUAGAGACUCACUACCUGGAAAAUUUAGUAAUAUGACUGAAAAUCAAGCUUUAGAUAUUGCUCUCAAUAUAGUAAAAGGGAUGUCACAUCUAGCAUCUAAUAAGAUUAUUCAUAAGCAGCUCUGUGCCCGAAAUAUCAUGGUAGCUAAUGGGUUCAUCCCUAAAAUAAGCGGAUAUGGACUGUCUCAAUUUUAUAGUCAUAAUAAUUUGCCUGACUACACUCGUUGGACAGCGAUGGAAGUAUUCAAAGGACAGUCACAUAAUUUAAAAAGUGAUGUUUGGUCCUUUGGAUGCUUGUUAUGGGAGAUUUGCGUUUUAGGGGGGACCCCUUAUGGCAACUUUUCAAAUAAUGAAAUUCCCGAAAGAAUUAUUAAAGGUUUACGUCUGCCACAAUUGCAAUAUUUCAGCGAUGAACUGUAUCAGUUUAUGUUGAGCUGUUGGCAGAUCGAUAUGGAUGAAAGGCCUGAUUUUAAUGUCUUGCUUGAAUCUCUUCAAACGUUUCAAGAAAAUUCACUCAUUCCGUGUUUAAGUUUCAAUUUGUAUCCAAACUUUCAGUAUGAACAAUUUUAUCCCGAUAUGGAAAUUGCUGUGAGACCAGUGUUCUAAUCUGUCUUCGAAAUAUUUUUAGUUUUUGGUAAAUAGUGGAACCCAAUUACUUAUUAUAUUUACAUAAAUUCAUCACAAAUUUAUAAAAUUGUCACUUGCAUAGUCUUACAUUCAUGCAAAUAUUCUCUGUUGUAAUGUUUAAAUUUCUACAAAUUGUUUCAUUAAAUGACAUUGUUUUUUUCUGGUAUCAAAUAAGUUGAUACUUCCAUUGAUAUCCAUAUGUAGUUCUUUUAUUGAUACCAUCUUGGCACACUAAGGUGGAAAAUAGGUUUCAGUAUUUUGUACUUAAUUGUUACUUUUAUGUGAGUAUUUAAAUUAUACAUACAUUCCAUUUUGUCUUCUUAAUAAGUUAUACGAUAUUGUAUUUUUACAUGACAUCCCGUAUUUUUAUAAUAAUAAAUUUUUUUACUCCUGA